AGCUCGAAACCAUCCAACGCCUGGAAUAUGACUUCCUGCCUCAAAUCCACGGGCUUCAGUACUCCAUCAACGCUCCUUUAACAAUCACUUGCCGUUUCAAAUUCUACAUCAGAGAUCAAUCUUUACAGCAUCUCUCGUCAUGUUCGAGAGUAAUGUGUUGACAGGCACUUUAUUUUGAAGCUGGAUUUUAUCGAAUUUAGUGAACUAGUUGGUGUCAAUUCACGAGAGUAAUCUGGUAUUAGGUUUAAGCGAUUUUUAGUGACACGAUGAACACACAGGGAUUAAUUGGCGUUCUCCUCGUCGUCUUCUUAGCAAAAGGGAGUGACUCCUCAGGAUGUGGAUACCCGGGUGCACCGGCUCACAGUACCAUCCGUUUCACCGACGGUGGCCUCGACGAAGUGCUCGAUGAAGAGGAGGCCUUGAUCAAGGAUACAACAUUUCCAAUUGGUGCUGUUGCCAUUUAUUCCUGUGAGAGGGGCUUCGAAUUGCUCGGUCCAGCGAGACGUCGGUGUCAAAGCGAUGGCACCUGGACCCCCGAGGGUGUACCAUUCUGCGUGCUGAACGUGGCAGGUGGAAAGGCACCGAUGCAGAGUACAAGUGCUGAAAAUGGAAUACCACAACGUGCUGUUGAUGGUAGCAGUGGACAGGUCUAUAGCCCGCAAACGUGUACGUUGACGAGGCCCGAGAUGAGACCCUGGUGGUACGUCAAUCUACUCGAGCCCUACAUGGUACAGCUCGUGAGGCUGGAUUUUGGCAAGGCCUGCUGCGAUGGGGCACCUGGUACGAUUGUUGUCCGAGUUGGAAAUAAUCGGCCCGAUUUGGGGACCAACCCAAUUUGUAACAGAUUCACUGGACCACUUGAAGAGGGACAACCGCUUUUUUUGCCGUGCAAUCCUCCCAUGCCCGGUGCAUUCGUUUCAGUUCAUCUGGAAUCCGCUGCCACCACACCAGCACCAGUUCAAUUGUCCCUCUGCGAGGCUUUCGUUUAUACUGAUCAGGCACUUCCAAUCGAAAGAUGUCCACAAUUCAGAGAUCAACCGCCGGGUUCCACCGCGACCUAUAAUGGAAAAUGUUACAUAUUUUACAACCGCCAGCCACUUCAGUUCCGUGAAGCUUUAUCAUUCUGUCGUGCACGAGGUGGUACACUGGUUGACGAAAGUAACCCAGCACUUCAGGGCUUCAUUUCCUGGGAAUUAUGGAGGCGACACAGAAGUGACACAUCGAGUCAAUAUUGGAUGGGCGCGGUGAGAGACCCGAAGGAUAAAACCGUUUGGAGGUGGACCGGAAGUGGUGAUGAGGUGUCAGUAUCAUUCUGGAGUCUUCCUCACGGGACUGAGGAGGAGUGUGCGAGAUAUGACGGCAGCAGAGGAUGGCUGUGGUCCGAAACUCCGUGCAGCUCUCGACUCAAUUACAUCUGCCAGCAUCAGCCAAGGGCUUGUGGACGUCCCGAGCAGCCACCAAACUCAACGAUGAUGGUCACCAAUGCACUAGAUGAUCCAGUCAACAAUUAUCAAGUUGGUGCGACCGUCUCGUAUAGCUGUAAUUCAGGAAGUCUGUUGAUCGGCCCAUCAACACGCACCUGUUUAGACACCGGUUUUUAUAAUGAAUUCCCACCUGUUUGCAAGAGUAUUGAGUGUGGAUACCCGGCUAGCAUUAAACACGGAGAGUACACGCUCAUUAAUAAUACUGUCAUUUUUCUGAGUCAAGUACUUUACUCCUGUGAGGAUGGUUAUGAAAUGACUGGUCGUGCCAGGCUCACCUGUGACAUCGACGAGCGUUGGAACGGACCUCCACCUCGCUGUGAACCCAUUCGCUGCGAUUCUCCUCCAACCGUGUCCCACAGCACGAUUCAACUCGAUGAAAUUGAUGUUGAGGAGAAUUUAGUGAGAAGUACAAACCGCAGCCUUUUAGUUGGCAGUGUCGUUAUUUAUACUUGUGAAAAGGGGUAUAAAUUGACUGGACACAGGCAGAUUUUGUGCUUGCCUACUGGAUUGUACGAUCACGCUGCACCAACAUGCACAGAAGAACCUAAAGUAACAUCAGGAAUUCUUCCAAAAGUCACUCUGAGACCGAUAAGCACCAGAGGCAAGCCUGUUUUUCCGACGAGAAUACGUUCGACGACGACGCCAUUGCCUCCCUCCACCGUAGACCAAGAAUCAAACCCAACCCGAAGAUAUCCUCAUACUCCAGAGGUUCCAGCAACAAUAAGGGAGACAAUUCACAAGAGACCGUCGAUAGCCCUCCAGAAGCCUGCGUCACCCUCUGAUGAAGUUUCCGACCAAUUCCCAGAUACUCAUCCCCAGGACAAUGAGAUCUCUGGCAGCUCAGUGGAUAAUGCAAGGGCUAAAAUCAACACUGGAGUGCCAGAACCCACUGGACCCUUCCGGGUAGAUCGCUCAGACGCCCCCACACAUCAAGCUAAACUCAAUCUCGGUGCUGUCAUCGCCCUGGGUGUUUUCGGUGCGUUUGUCUUCCUCGCAGCAGUCAUCACAACCGUUGUAAUACUCAUCCGAAGAACGAGAGGAAGAAGCAAACAUUAUCGCCAUCGAGCCUCUCCCGAUUGCAAUACAGUAGCUAGCUUUGACAGCAGCUCAUCGGAGUCCAGAGGGGGCUUGAAUAGAUAUUACAGGCAGGCUUGGGAGAAUUUGCACGAGACAGCUGGCCAAAAGGGCAACCAUCCACCAUUGAGACGUAAAGAGACCCUAGAUGAGCCGAGCUAUCGUGACAAUUAUCGCGGUGAAAAUGCUCCGGAGGUUGACGAGAAUGCCAAUGGUUUUUCGGGAAGCAAACACACAGGGGAUAAGAAAAGGCACCAUCACCAUCACCACCAUCACCACAGCAGUGGCAAUGAGUGGCGACAAUCCCAGUCUCAUCACAGAUACUGAGGUUCACUUAUUACUCGUUUUCCAUGACUUGGAACGAUGUUGAAGACAAUUCAUUCGUGUAAUAACAAUAUUACAUUAUUCUUCCUAAUUUUUAUAUUCUUUUGUAAAUAACUGUAAUUCGUUUUACGGUUCGUAACGGGCGCCGAUCCGUUCGAUGGAACAUGCCAAAAAGAGAGAGACACACUCUAGAUAAUAUAUUAUAUAUACUUGAUUAUGGUAAUUCGAUCUAUUCGGAUUCUUCAACUGAUUGACUAUUUUUUUAAUUCUUGUCCGUUGAAUUGGUAAUUAAUUCGUAAUGAACGCCUUGGCCUCACCUUAUUGCGAGUCUGAGGGACUCAAGGAAUGGCUGACGUUGUUCAUUCGUAUAUGAUUUGAAAUUAUUCGUCAUUUAGGUACUGAUACUCUAUUUUUCUCCUCUCCAUGACGACUGAAUUUUCGUGAGAAUAAUUCAUUCAGUUACAACUCUUUCAAUUCUUUCGACUAUUGUUUUAUUUUCUCGUAGGAGUGCCAUUAUUCGGCAGUUUCAUCCUGUUUAAUUAGGUGUAAUUAUUCGAAUUUACCCCGGGCGUGGAACGAACGUUUGGAGAAUCAUCUAUGUUAACGUAUAUGUACUCACGUACUCACGUACAUAAGAUAUGUUCCUUGUAUCUAUUAUAAAAAGUGAAUAAUAUACGCAAUAAUAA